AUGGGUCACCCAGCGGGUCUUCGCGCGGGAACGCGCUAUGCGUUCAGCAGAAACUUCCGUGAGAAGGGUAUGAUCAAGCUCUCCACGUACCUCCGCGAGUACCGGGUUGGCGACAUUGUCGACAUCAAGGCCAACGGUGCCGUCCAGAAGGGUAUGCCUCACAAGGUCUACCACGGCAAGACCGGUGUCAUCUACAACGUCACCAAGUCUGCCGUCGGUAUCAUCAUCUACAAGAAGGUGAAGCACCGCUACCUCGAGAAGCGCAUCAACAUCCGCAUCGAGCACAUUUCGCCCUCCCGUUCGAGAGACGACUUCCUUCGCCGCGUCAAGGAGAACGCCGCCCUCAAGAAGAAGGCCCAGGCCGAGGGCAAGCCCCUCCAGCUCAAGCGUCUCCCCCUUAUGCCCCGCGAGGCCCGCACCGUCGACUUCAAGGAGAACAAGCCUGAGACUGUCACUCCCCUCCCUUACGAGACGACGAUUUAG